AUGCUUGUACGCUCUGCUGGACGGAGACACCAACGACGGACCUCACACGCCCUCGCCGCCUCCUUCGCCCAGCUCAAUCUGCCAUGGCUGGCUCCUGCACAGCUACGAUGGAGUGCUUCGCACGCUGCUACAGCUUCUCAACGACCUCGAAGAUCCAAUCCCUCGACAAGCGCGCCACAAGUUCGGAACCUUGCCACAACGACCGAUCCCCAGGCCUUGAGCCAUCACACAUCAUUGCCACCCACAGGCUAUAGCAUCGGCUUCCGCAAUUCUUCGCAGGAUAAGAAUAUUCCUUGGGAACAUCUCCAGAAAUCGCCCUACGAUUUCAACAGCUUGCAUAGAUACAAUGCCGGCCCCGUUAUGUUACAACCGGACAUUGCCAGACCCGAAACGGUCAUCCAAGUUCCGUCGAGGGGCCUUGUGGGGCCCGUCCGCCAGCUGUUGUCGCAAUUGUACACAAGUCUCAGUGUUGGCCGUCGCGAUAGGGCUGCGAACAUUGUACAGCGAUUGACGGAAGAAUGUGGAUCAGACUCGCGCGAAGCCAUCCUCGCGCACAACGUCUACUUGGACGACCUAUUCAAGAGCCUAGCAAGCCAUGGGAGAGACUCUCCGAAGUCGCAAGAGAUGCUGAAGGAGAUGUCGAGGUGGUUUGAGGUCGAAAUACACAGCAAAGGAGUCAGUUUUGAUGCACGAAUGCUCAUCACUGUCAUUCGUGGUACCAUCAGGUCUUUGACCGGCUCGAGGAGGGAGCGCUCAAUACGGAGAUAUGUCGAUCUUUCACGGCAGCUCGGCGAGGACGGCAUGGAAGACGUACUGGAAUCCGAAGAAUACGAUGACAACGAAUAUGUUGUCUUGAGGCAAGCUACAGAAGAGUAUCAAGAGAAAGCCGAAAGACAGCAGAUGGCGGAAAGUUUUGACGUGGAGCCCAUGGACGGAUCAACGGAGACUGCAACUGGAACAGAUGUCAUGCCGGAGGUACGCGAAACUGGACAGAAAGGCACGGGUCUUUCGGGCAUUAAGCGCACCAUGGAGGCGUUUAGGGCUUUGCAGUCCCAGUCUGCAAAGGCCUCACCCGAUUCGCAACGUAAACUAGCUGAAGCGAGGCAGAAGGCUCUGGAGGAAACUUCCAACGAUGUCGCCAUUGACCGUUGGCGCAAGGCUGACGAUGAGUUGAGGAAAAUCGGCAUCCAUACUUCCCUGCAAAGCAAGCCAGUGGCCGCUCUGAUGUGGCAAUGGUACCAGGCCCUGCUUCCAGCUUUGGACAAGGAAUUGGCCGAAGUAGAGCAAGUGCUUGCUAAUCCCACCCAUUGGAAUGCCAGAGCACAUAGCGACAGACACGAGUACGGCCCGUAUCUGGAGCUGCUUCCGAUCCGAACGGUCGCUGCGACUACCAUUCUACACAUCAUGAGUAGGCUGGCAGCCGGCAAAAACAGAUCCACAAGAUCGUACGAGGUGCAAGACAUGAAAUUGGGUCAGCUCUCUACAAGCCUGGGAGCGGCCCUUCAUGAGGAGUGCACCGUUGAACACGCAGCGAAGUCGAAGCGCAGACCGAAAUCAAAGGCCGCAUCAAGGAAACCAAAGAGGAAGCCAGAGCUUGACGGCGGUUCCACAGCUGCGACAAAGACAGGCAAGAAAAAGGAGAGCAAUGAAUCCCUACUCGCUCAAAUGGAAUGGCCGGGACCCACGAGAGUAAAGCUUGGCGCAAUGCUAAUAGCCAAGCUGCUUGAGACAGCUCAACUGCCUGUCACGAAAGUACACCCACGAACGAAGGAGCACAUCACGCAAAUGCAGCCGGCCUUUUUGCACCGCGUCAAGUACCAACGAGGCAGGAGAUCAGGCGUCAUCGUUGCGAACCCUGCACUGAUUGAGAAGAUACAAAGCGAGCCUGUUGGAAGCUUGCUUGCGAAGCGUAUGCCAAUGGUCGUGGAACCCAGACCGUGGAAGGGCUGGAGCGAUGGUGGGUUCAUGUACUACCCUGCAAACAUUCUUCGUCUUCCAAAAGGAGACAAGAGCGGCAAGGAUUACUUUCAGGCGGCCGACUCGAACAACGAGCUUGACACUGUCUACCGUGGCCUGACGGCAUUGGGAAAGGUGCCGUGGAAGGUGAAUCAAGACGUCUUCAAGGUGCAGCUCGAGGCAUGGAACUCUGGCGAGGCCAUCGCCAACUUCGCUCCUCUGAACCCCGGGUAUCACCAUCCACCCGAACCGAACUCGUUGGCAGAUCCAAACGACAGACGCAGAUGGCUUAUGCAAGUCCAAGAGAUUGAGAACAAACGGGCUGGUCUCCAUUCCAAACGCUGUUUCCAAAAUUUUCAGAUGGAAGUUGCGAGGGCAAUGUUGAAUGAGACAUUGUACUUCCCGCACAACAUGGACUUCCGAGGCCGCGCUUAUCCUAUUCCACCGUAUCUGAAUCACAUGGGCGCAGACAACGUCCGAGGUCUCCUCACCUUUGGUGUAGGGAAGCCUCUCGGCGAGACCGGGCUGCGGUGGCUCAAGAUACACCUAGCUACGGUUGCGGGGCAUGACAAGGCCAGCAUAGAGGAACGCGUGGAGUUCACAGAAGCACACUUAGACGACAUUUACGACUCUGUUCGAAACCCGCUAGAUGGACGACGGUGGUGGCUCCAAGCAGAGGACGCAUGGCAGUUGUUGGCAGCCUGCUUUGAACUCACCAAAGCUUUGGACUCGCCAGAUCCACAUAGCUUCGUCUCUCAUUUACCAGUGCAACAGGACGGGACAUGCAACGGCCUUCAACAUUACGCAGCACUCGGCGGUGACAAGGUUGGUGCUGCACAAGUCAACUUAGAGCCCAGUGACAGACCUGCAGACGUUUACACUGCCGUCGCCGAGGCCGUCAAGGAGGAGGUCAAGACGGAUGCCGAACAAGGCAACGCCAUCGCCCAAAAGCUGCACGGACGCAUUACCCGGAAAUGUGUAAAGCAGCCGGUGAUGACCAACGUCUAUGGAGUGACAUUUUACGGCGCCCGUCUGCAAGUCGAGAAACAACUGGAAGUGCUCUUUCCAGAAGUCCAAAAGACCGACGCAGUCAACCUGGGCAAAAUGGCACAUUACGUCGCGGUCAAGAUCUUCAAGUCGCUAGGCACGAUGUUCUCUGGCGCACAGGCCAUCCAAACAUGGCUUAGCAAAUGUGCUGAUCGCAUCUCCACUGCUUUGACUCCUGAGCAGAUCGAAGAGCUGAAGAAGGAAGCCGAAUCCGUCAAGAAGACACCACUGAAAUCCAAGGCGAAGUCGAAGAAGGACAAGGAAGCCAAGGAAGAUCAGGAUGCCGAAGUUCCCAAGACACCCACGGAGGCUCCCGCGAAGGCACCUGGCACCAGAGACAGCGCGCAAUUCACCGCCAUGAAGGCUCUGUUCCGAACCACCGUGGUGUGGACGACACCGCUGCGGUUGCCUGUGGUGCAGCCUUACCGAACAAGCAAAGCUCGCAUCGUGAGCACCAGCAUGCAGAACAUCAGCCUUGUCGAGCCGCAAGUCUGGGAUCCGGUCAGCAAGCGCAAGCAGUUGCAGGCGUUUCCGCCGAACUUCAUCCACUCCCUCGACGCAACUCACAUGCUCCUGAGCGCGUUGAAGUGCACCGAGAAUGGAAUGCAUUUCGCGAGUGUACACGAUUCGUUCUGGACGCAUGCCUGCGAUGUCAACCGCAUGGGUGUUGUCCUGCGAGAUGCUUUUGUUGCAAUGCAUGAGGAAGACGUCGUCUCCCGACUGCGCGAAGAGUUCCAGACUAGAUACCAAGGCUACAUGUACCUCGCGUCGGUCUUCGCGCAUAGUCCGGUCGGCAAGAAGGUCCUCGCGCAGCGGGCGCGGAUGAAGCAGGACAGCGCCCGGCGCAGCGAACUGAUGAUCGAGGAGGAGCGCAUUCGGCUUGUGAAGAGUGAAGACCCCGAGGAGCGCGCCAAGGGCGAGGCGAUGGUCACUCCGGGUAGCAUUGUCGCCUCUGAAGCGGACGAAACAGCCUUUGCGAUUCCCAAUGAGUUCCAAGGGCAAAAGCUGGGCGAAAUGCCAGGAAGCAAGGGGAAGGUAGAGGCUACGAGCGCGGACGCGGACGCGGACGCUGAUUUUGGAUACCACGACUCGUCGAUCGAUGAGGGCAAUGGCCCUGGACUGUCAGAGAGCUUCAUCGAGGAUGUAUCCGAUGCUGAGUCGGCCAAGGCUUCGGAGGCUGAAAUGGAGGCGUCUGAACGGGACAACUCCGUGGAGGUGGGUGGUGGUGAAACGCGCGAGGCGGCACAAACUUCUACGGCUGCAAAGAAGCCAGCCAGGCAGGCGCGGAAGCUUUACGUCUGGCUGCCACUGACGUUCCCGGAAGUGCCCAAGAAGGGAGAGUUUGAUGUCAAGAGGCUCCGGGAGAGUCGAUACUUCUUCCACUGA